AUGACACAACCGACGAUAACGGAGCUGCAUAAGCCUCGGCUCACUCCAAGAAAGUCCGAGAGAAAUUUGGCGAUAUCAAAGGCCGACCAGAAAACGCCCACACAUAUGCAUAAUGAUGUGGCCCUCAUUGGUGAAACAACCAACAUCAUUUCUCGGACUCACAUCAGCCACUCCCCUUCAUACGUAACUCGUCCCUCCUUGAACCAUCUGCCGAUGUCGGGGCAAAAUUUGUCUGUCAACAAGGAGAUUUCGUCGCAUAUCGAGGGUAUCUCUAGCACUCAGACUACUCCCCAUGUUAACUCCGAGAAUGGCUCUAUACAUAUGGCUUCAGUACAGGCUCUCGACCAGAGCAACAAUCCAAAUUCCUCACCAAAUAUGGAUCCAUUUUCCAUAUUGAGUGCUGCGAGUCUUUCGCAGACGGAAAAUUUGCCCUUCCAAGGUCAAUUAAAUAAGCAGUUCUACAAUCAGUCUGACAUCCAUCUUGCGGUCUCACAAGAAAAUGAUGCACCUGUGCACCCCGCGAUUCGGAGUGCUCCGUGGAUGGAUUGGCCCACCUCCAAUAUGUCUUCUGCAAAAUCCAACCCAAAUUCCUAUAGCCAGCCUUUAUCGUAUGCGAGCUUUGAUGACCCCUAUUUCGGGUUUUCUGGCUUUACUCCCUCGUCGGACGACAUCCUGGAAGCAGAUCAAUUCUUGCCAUUUCUCACCAUUGAUGGUGCAUCCAAUAAUGACGCCUACGGAUCAGCCAGCCAUAACGUCGACUCUGAGUCAGAUCUGAGUCAUAUCACUCCUUUUUCCGACGGUCAUACGACGGCCAACGUGCUACCUCUAGCACCGAGCAAUCUGAAGUCCAUCGACAUUGAUGAAAUUCUGAAAGUGGCAGAAACAGAUGCUAGCACCUUACAAAGGCAGCUGUAG